CCACCUGGCGCAGCGCCGCCCUCGGAGCCCGCACACCCGGAGCCCGCACACCCGCGAACACCCGCGCUCCCCGCGCACCCCGAGGCCCCAGAAGGGCCCAGCGCCGCCACUCGCCAGCUCCCAGGGCUCCGGCCCGCCCGGUGCCCGCGCUCUCCCGCCUGGCCAUGGCCCCGCUCGUGUACUUCUUAUUCCUCCACUGCCUGAAGCAGGCGCUGGGCAGCUAUCCGAUCUGGUGGUCCCUAGCUGUUGGGCCCCAGUAUUCGUCCCUGGGCACGCAGCCCAUCCUCUGUGCCAGUAUCCCGGGCCUAGUACCUAAACAGCUGCGCUUCUGCCGGAACUACGUGGAGAUCAUGCCCAGCGUGGCAGAGGGUGUCAGGAUCAGCAUCGAAGAGUGCCAGCACCAGUUCCGAGGCCGUCGGUGGAAUUGCACCACCAUCAACAAUAGCCUGGCCAUCUUUGGCCCUGUGCUGGACAAAGCCACCCGUGAGUCUGCCUUCGUGCACGCCAUUGCCGCAGCUGGUGUGGCCUUCGCUGUUACACGCUCGUGUGCUGAAGGCUCCGCUGCCAUCUGUGGAUGCAGCAGCCGUCACCUGGGCUUACCUGGCCAUGGCUGGAAGUGGGGCGGCUGCAGUGAGGACAUCGAGUUUGGAGGAAUGGUGUCCCGGGAGUUCGCAGAUGCUCGGGAGAACAGGCCCGAUGCCCGCUCUGCCAUGAACCGCCACAACAAUGAGGCAGGACGCCAAGCCAUCGCCAGUCACAUGCAUCUCAAGUGCAAGUGCCACGGGCUGUCGGGGAGCUGCGAGGUAAAGACCUGCUGGUGGUCGCAGCCCGACUUCCGUGCCAUCGGCGACUUCCUCAAGGACAAAUACGACAGUGCCUCGGAGAUGGUGGUGGAGAAACACCGCGAGUCGCGCGGCUGGGUGGAGACGCUGCGGCCUCGCUACACCUACUUCAAGGUGCCCACGGAACGUGACCUGGUCUACUACGAGGCGUCGCCCAACUUCUGCGAGCCCAAUCGCGAGACCGGCUCCUUCGGCACACGAGACCGCACCUGCAACGUGAGCUCACCAGGCAUCGACGGCUGCGAUCUGCUAUGCUGCGGCCGCGGGCACAACGCGCGCGCUGAGCAGCGCCUGGAGAAGUGCCUCUGCGUCUUCCACUGGUGCUGUUACGUUAGCUGCCAGGAGUGCGCGCGCGUCUACGACGUGCACACCUGCAAGUAGCUGCGCGCCUGGCUCGGCGUGGUCCUCUAGGGUAGAGCAGGGAGGAGCCUGCAGAGUGGUGGCGGGGGAUCCACCCGGGGAUCCUCCCAGGAUGGGGCGGGGCUCUGGGGGUGAGGCUUUUGGAUAGGGGCCCGUCCUCUCUAGGGGCGGGGCUCCCAAAUUGGGGAUUUAGCCCCUCCACCAUCUCCAACGCAGCCCGCCUGUAAGAUUCCAUUCACUCCACCUUCUCUGUGUAGAGCAGCUCUCCUGGCGGACCAGCGGCCGAGACUCCCGUCCCCCACUUCUUCCUCUGAAGUCUGGGGACCAGGGCCGUCCGAGUCUGGCGCUCUGGAAAGGUUCUGGCACCGGGAGGACUGUGGCACGCCUUCCUCAGCCUUGCCUCUACCAGCGCCCCUGGCCAAGAAUCCUACGAAGAGAGCCCUCGACUUGCAGGUCCCCAAGAACCAGCUUGGCCUGGGAAAAAGAGGGGUUCUGGAGGCGGAGGCGAGCAGGAAGCUGGGCCCUGAAACCUGGCUCUGCCCUGGCUGCCAUGAGUGGGACAUCAGACACCCAGGGGCUCUUCCCAGUGACUGUUCUGCUGUCGCCCACACCCCCACCAGGCCUACUGUUGGCCUGGUCAGCUGUUGCCUCUGCUUUUCAGCUGACAGAACACCCCACUGUGGGGCCCUCCCUUCCUCUGGGGUAUCUCACCAACACCCCCUCCGGUCUACAGCAGAGGAGUGCAGCCUGCUAUCCCAGCACUGUCCGGCCUUCCUCUUGUCCUCAGCACCUCCCUCACCUUCCUCAUCCACAGCCCGAACCCCAAGUCCACCCAGCCUGCUGGACUGCACCAGCCCAGCCCCAUCAUCCUGCCUUGGAGGCUCAUUUGGGGUGGGGUGGGGUCGUUUGGAAUGUUUUGGUAGGAACAGCCACACCUGUGCUGCCGCAGAGGACCCACAACCCCUAGGGGUUGGUCUCCUCUCCCAGCCCUGGUGGUUUGGGCUGAUCCCCGGGUCCUCCUGAUGCAGCAACAGUGUGCCAGACUUGCCACACAGGCCACUGUCCCAGAGCACCUGGCUGGCCACUCAGCUCCCCUCACCUUCUGAUUCAUCCACACAACCCAGGAAGGACAGGCCUCUGGACCCCUCAGCCAAUGCCCACGCCAGGCCUCUCCUCAUUCACUCUGCCACUGUGAAAUGUCCCCUAGUCCCCAAGGGUCCACCGUCCAGGCUGGGGGAGGAGACCAGCCAGACAGGGAUGACCUGCAUGCCUCCGAGGACAAGACCUUCCCCUGCCUUGAAUUUUGUGUUUUGGUUUCAAUUUUAUUUCCGAUGCUGCUAUAUCUACCAUACACUGGAGCUAGACAAACAGAUGUGUUGUUAUUUUUUUUCUUUUCUUUCUGUGAAAGAAAUUAUUUUAGCCAUAGCUGUGAGUUCCAAACAAUAGGGAAGUAAAAGACAAAAAACAAAAAGCAGAAACAACCAAACGCUGUGGAUUGUGCUGAAUUUCUGGUAGUGGGUUGGG